GUUAUUGUUGUUGUUGUUGUUGUUGUUUUGUUGAAUUGAAUGAAUGAAUUUUUCUGCAAAAUGUUUCUUGAGUUUGUUGUUGAUGAAAAAUGGAUAUAUUAGCUGGUGCCAUUAGAGUGUAUUGUGUGCUGGUCACCUGCUGAUUUUUCAUCUAAUUCAGAUUUUUCAUUCAAGACAAUAUUCUUGUACGAUCAACAAUUGACAGUCAUCAAACAUCGAUGACUCAUUUAAUGCAACCAAUACUUGAUUUUAUCCAAUAGAAAAAAGUUUAUUCUGUUGUUGAAUUUAUUUAUUUGAUUAAACUUUUUGCCUGAAAUACCCCGUUUGGAAAUAAUGUCCGAAAGACGUUUCACACGAUUAAAAGCAACACUUUCCGAACAUGGAACAGCGGCUAAAACACGUGAAACUGUUUCACGUGAAUUACGACAAUCAUUAAAUGUUAAUAAUGAAUCAACAUUUCUGUCCUGCAUUGAAUCUGAUUAUGAAAGUAAAGUUCGUCAAUGGGAACAGGAACUUUAUGAAGAAAUUGAACAUUAUAGCCAACAGCAACAAUUACAACAAGAACAACAAACGGACAUAGAUGAUACAGAAACAAAACCGUUGAUGAAACAUUUUGCUGAAAACUUUCUCAUCAAAGAUGAAGAUGAUAUCAAAUGUAUUGAUCAGCCUAAAGAUAUGAAAUUUGAUUUUAAUCGUUAUUAUUCACGUGAAAAAAUUAAAAUUACAUCGCCAUUCAGUAAUGAAUGUUUAACACAUUACACCGAUUGUAAACAUCUUGUACAUUAUUGUUCGCUAUCGAAAUAUUUUGGUACUAUGCUAGAUACAUCCUCCUCAUCAUCAUCAUUCCAUAAUCAUCUGACCUCAACUAAAUCAUCCGCCGAUUUCAUUGCCAAUGAAUUAUUAACAUCAAAGUUUCUAACAAAUUUUCCACUCCGACCUCAUGUAUUUGAAUGUGAUGACGAUGAUUAUGAAUCAGGUGGAAUUUGUGCAAAAAUGCUCAUUCGUGAAGGUAAUGCAUCAGUCAUUGGUGAAGGUGAUGGUGAUUUCCGUAAUGGUUGGCUCACACUUUCACGUGAUGAACAUGAUUGUUUUCUUACAUUUUUCGAUACAAAUCGAAGGAAUAAAAUCUUAUGGCAUAUUGAAGUGAAUCAAAAAGUUGAACGAUUUUCCGAUCAAGAUCAAGCUUCAAAUAAUAGUUUUCAGGUGAAUCGCCACAUCAUCCGUACUGAUUCCAAAUUCAUCGAUGAUUGGAUUAAGGAUAUCAAUUCGAAUAUUGUGCAAGAAUUUGAACCAAUGCACCAAUUGCAACGUAUAUUGAAUCAUGAUGCUGAAGAAAUUUCCCAGAAAUUGAAAAGUUUGGAUCUAAUCAACAAUAUCAAUCUAUUCGCUGCCUAUAAUGAUAUGAAUAUUAGAAAAGAUUUUUUCAAUAAAUUUACUGAAGAUUUUAACUAUCUAAAUUCUCAUAAUCAAAAUGUUUUUUUGUCAAAUGAUAAAGAAUUCAAUUUUCUUGAAAUAAAUCAUCAUCAUCAUCAUCAACAACAGCAACAACAACAACAACAGCGAAUAUUUCGUUUCGUAUUGAUGAUCAAAUCGACUGAUAUAGCCAUUCCAUCCAUAAAUAAUGAUCGUUCUCGUUUGAAUGAUUCAUAUUUUUAUCGUAUUUCCCUGUUUGAUUGUAAAUUGGGAAAACUUUCCGAAGAAUUUCGUUAUGUUGUAUCAUCUGAUAUUCAUUCGUGUAGAUCAUCCUCUCUAGCCGAAGGCAAUCGUGGUUUCGAUCAAAAACUAUUGUGUACAGUUACAAAGGCAUUGUUUCAAGUCGACCUUAAUCAUUCGAAUCCAAAUGAUCUUUAUCUUGUUCUACGUGUAGAACGGACAUGGCACCGAUUGCAGAAUUAUAUGUGCUGUCCAAUUAUCAAUAGCCAGAAUAAUAGUCAAAAUAAUAAUAAUAAAGUUGCACAUAGUCUGAUGAUUCUACAACAUGUUGAACCAUAUGCAUGGAGUAUACGACCACUGUUUCAUCCAGAUUCAUUGAAUCUGGAAACGAAUCCAAGUUUCGGCCUAUUCUAUAAAAUGGAUCAGAAUCGUUUGUCAGAUGAAUUCAUCUGUAACAUUCUAAAUCAGGUUUCUCAUCAAUCCACUUCUACGCGGUCACAAACAAUCAUCAGUGGAAGACUUGAGAUUGAAUUGAUCGAUUUGAAAACAUUUUUGAAACAAAUUAAAAGCCAACAUGAAGAAAAGGAGAAUAAUGCUGAAAUUGUCAUUUUCAAUCCAUCUGUUUAUGCGCGGAAAGCUAUCGAUUCGGAAAAUAGUGGCAAAAAAACACAACAGCAACAGGUGUUGAUCAAUCCGAUUGUUGAAAUUCAAUCAUUACGACUGUUAUCACAACCUUAUACCGAAUUCUUUAAUAUACUCUAUAUUUAUCCACAAAGUUUACGUUAUGAUUCACAACGAGUAUUUUCAAAAGCAAGAAAUCUAUGUGUUACAAUCGAAAUUCGUGAUACGGAUAAUACGAAUGAAUCACGAUCAUUGCCAAUUAUAUACGGUAGACCACAUGAUUCAUCGUUGUUCGUCACAUCGGCUACGACAGCUGUUUCAAAACAUAGUGUCACACCGGAUUUUUUCGAAGAAAUCAAAGUAGCAUUACCAUUAAAUUUCAGUGAAAAACUUCAUAUUCUCUUCACUUUUUCACACAUAUCAUGCAAGAAAGAAUGUUUAUAUUCAAUCGUCGGCUAUUCAUGGCUGCCAAUUUCGUCGGAAAAACGUCAAAUUCAUUGUCAGAAUCUGGCAUUAUCAGUUUUUGCUUCUCUUCCCAAUAACUAUCUUUCCUGUCAAUCAUUAGGCCUUGGCAAAGGUCUUUCAAUGCCCGAUGUUAAAGUUGUGGGUAAAGAAGUUUUCAAGGUUUCCUUAUCGCUAACAUCAUCAAUUAUAUCACGCGAUUUCGAAUUGCACAAUACACUAUUAUCAGUGAUUAAAAUAACACGGUCACAUCGAAAUGAUUCAAAAGAAAUUUCACAUAUAAUAUCAUUGGAAAGACAAAUACCAAAAAUGCUUCGACAAUUGCCCCAUUGUGAUCCAGAAGAAUUGAUACAUUUUUCACAGAUUAUCAUUCAACAAUUGUUCAAAUUAAUUAUUUAUGCUGCUAGCCAAGAAUUGAUACAAGAAUCAAUAAAUACAAUCAUUCGUUUAGUGGAUCAAUUUCGCCGUGAUAAUCAAUUAGAUAUCCUCCAUCAAUUCAUCUAUUCUACAUUUGAAACGGCCGAAUUCUGUAAUCUAUACAUCCAUGAUCAAUUGAUCAUUUUGAUCAAUAAAAUGUUUGAACAAUUCAAUCCGAAUGGCAAACAACAGCAGCAGCAACAACAACAACAACAAUCGAUUUCCACUACUGUAAUGACGAAUACUGAAGAGAUGAAAUUACUGAUCAGUAAUUUAUGGUUUCUUUUGCAAAUAAUGACCAAGUCAAUGGCUCAAUAUCUUAUUCAAACUGGUCGAAUUCGUUGGAAACGUGAAGAAAGAUUUGAUGAAGAAUUCGUGAUGAAUCUAAAAUCAUUUUUUGAACAUGCAUCUACUGUGAUUUCAAUGAAUUCUCGGCUUGAAGAAGUACAAGAUGCUAAUCGAGCGUUAACUCAUUUCAUGACAAGAUUAUGUUCAUUUUUUGAUCGUUCCAUCAUAUUCAAUGCCAUGUUUCAUCAUGUCAAUUGUCUAUCAUCACGUGAUAUUGUUAUACAGGAAUUGAAAUUCAACGCUAUCGCUACUCUUUUGGCACAUGAACAUUUUAUUCCAUUUUGUAAUCCAAUGCAACUACAAGAUACAGCAACAUUGACAAUAGAAUUUUGUAGUAAACAUUUUCCCGCAUUCCUCAUAUUGAAUGAAUUUCGUUCAUUAUAUCAUCAAUCAGCAACAAGUGUUCGCCAGAUUCGACAAUUAGCUUUGUCCAUUAUUCGUAAUCAAUUGACCAAACAUAUGCUCGAUGAUCGUUAUUCAUCAUUGGAAUGUCGUGAAAAGGUCAUUUGUCUAUAUUUACCCAUAUUAUCCGUCAUAUUAGAGAAUUGUAAUCGAAUGAUGGAUUCGGCCAUUUCGAGUAAUCCAAACACACAGAAUUUAUCUUCUACACAUUCGCAUGGUUCAAAACAGCAUUCAUUUGCAACAAUUCAUGAACAACAUCAACAAAAUUCCAUUGAUGGUCUUAAUUCGUUAUUAGUUCGAUCUACAUCGGAAAUAUCAUCAACACUUAGCUCAAUCAGUUCAUAUAGCUCAAAUUCAACGAUUGGUUCUGUCAAUACAUUGACCGGACAUAAUCGAACAAAUUCUGCUGCAACAUCGAUAACAUUAGCGGUCAGUUCGACUAGUAAUACAGUUCGAUUUGAUAAAUUCAGUAAUGAAGAGGUUCGUGAUCUUUUCAUUUGUUUCUUAUGUAUCGUACAAAUGAUCAACACCGAACGUAUGAAUCUAUUGACGAAAAAACAACGAAAAGAUUUGUUUCUAUGUCUGGAAUUGGCCAUCAAUUGUUUUGAAUAUAAACCAAAAAAAUUUACUGAUAAUCGUUCGAAAACUAUGCCCAAUUCGAUUAGUAGUAGCAAUGCAAAUAAUCUUAACCAUCAUCAUCAUCAUCAUCAUCAUCAUAGCUUUGUAAUGAAUACUUUGACAACAAACCACCACCAUUAUCAUCCUCACCAUAGUACUGGUGAGAAUCAUUUAACCAACUAUCUCCUGCAACAGAAUCUAUCCAUACAAUCAGCAUUGAUAACAUUACGUACGAUUCAUCUCUAUCUGGAUAAUGAUCAAGAACCAAUCGAUCAUUCAAUAUCACAAAUUCUAUCAAUCUAUCUAACGCUGAUGACAAUACCACAAAGUCAAACAGUUUUGAUACAUUUAUUCAAUAGUGUCAGAUAUUUUGUUCAUAAAUUUUCCCUUCUUUUAUUCAAUUCGGAUGCAUUUCUAUCGCCAAUCAUUUCGAAAGUUAUACGAUAUUGCAACUCUUCUUUAACUCCUAUUCGACAAGGAGCUACUGAUUUAUUGUAUUGUUUAUUUGUGACUAAUAUGAAACGUACACGAUUCGAGACGAUUGUUUGUGUUUCGAGAUUGGCUUCAAGUGAUCCACAUGGUCUGCUCUAUCUACAUUCAUCGUUGAAUCGUUUGGAACAGCUUGCAAUUGCCGAUACGAAAACCUUACAGAUAUAUACCGAUGAUGGUGAAGAAGAGAUUUCCAUCACAAUGAUUGUUGAACGUAUACGUGAAAUAUUAAAAGCAACUAAACAGAUUCGUGAAGAAUAUUUUGAUCCAUAUUCAGCUUCUGAACUUCGAUUACAAUUGGCCAAUUCAUAUGCACGAACAUCGCGUUCUUUAUUACGAACAUGGCUAGAGAAUUUAAGUGAAGUUCAUAUCAAGAAUCAUGAUUGGGCCGAAGCAGCAAUGUGCCUAUGUCAAGUGAUAGCAAUACUCAUUGAACAAUUGUCUUCCAAAGAAAUUCAUAUCAUUGACGGUAUGCUCAAUAUAAGUAAAGUAUCGGAUAAUAUUAUGACUAAAGAUUCGAUAAAACGUGAAUCUGAUUGGCUUGAAUUGGAAGAGAGCCAUGUAUCGAUCGAUGUACUCGAAUCAAUCAUCCAAGAAUGUGUUGAUCUAUUUGAAAAAGCCGAACUUUAUGAACUAGCACCACAUGUAUUGAAAGUUGUAAUGUCAUCUUAUGAAAAAGAAUAUGAACAUAAAAAACUUUCCAUACUCUAUACGAAAAUUUCAAAAAUGCAUUCAAAAGCACAGGAGAUUAAUGAUUCGGGUAAAAGAAUUUUCGAUACUUUUUUCAGAGUGGCAUUCUAUUAUCUGAACACGGGACAGAAAAUGGAAUACAUUUAUAAAAUGCCCAAACUAGUCUCAUUAUCGGAAAUGACGGCCAAAAUGCAGGCAUUUUAUCCGAAUGCAACAUUCUUAGCUGCAGAUUCACCGACAAUUCAACAGAUUGAAUCAAAUACGACUGAAUCAUUACAUUCACAUUCGAAUGGCGAAAUACCCAAUUUAAAUAAUAGUAAACAAUGUGGAAACCUAAUUAUCGUUGUUACACAUGUAACACCAUACAUUGAAAAUGCACGUAAUCAAUUUGAAAAGAAUGUCGGCGUACUACAGUUUGUCUAUGAACAACGUUUAGACAGUAAAAUUGCUCAAUCCGUUGCUGAACAAUAUAAAAAACGAGUCAUUCUUACCGCCGGCCAUAGUUUUCCAUAUUUCUUGAAACGUAUACCGGUUAUUAGCAAGAAAGAAGUGAUAUUAAAUCCAAUCGAUGUGGCCAUCGAUGAAAUGCAGGAACGUGUCUAUCAAUUAGAGCAUGUAAUCAUGAAUCAAGAUGUUAAACAUUUACAAUUGGUUUUACAAGGAUCCGUACAUGUGACUGUCAAUUGUGGACCAAUCGCAUAUGCAAAUGCAUUCCUGAAAACCAAACCGAGCAUCGAUGAUGAACAACAGAAAAUCAUAAUGAUGACCAAUGGAAUCGAUGAUGAUUAUGAUGAUAAUAAUAUUCAUGAUGAAAAUUUUGAUGAAAGUCAAAAACAUUUGAAAUUUUUAUUCGAACAAUUCCUUGACCUAUGUGAAAGUGCCUUAAAAUUGAACGAACGAUUGAUCAAAUCGAAUCAAACCGAAUAUCAUAAUAAUUUGAAGCUAAAUUUUGAAAAACUAAAAUCCGAAUUGGAUUUUCUUAAUCAUCGAUCCUCAUAUAUUCCGAUAUUCGAUGCCAUUUCUGGUCCAACGUUUGGCCAUUUUUCUUAGCCGGCUUCCAUCUAAAUUGUUUUUUUAGCUUUGUCCGCUAGAUUUAACAAGUUUUUUUUUAUCAUUCUAACUCCUUCGGUUCUAUAUGUUAUGUCUUCUUUAUUGCCUAUAUUAUGUCGUUGUUAUUGCCUUGAAUUUUGAAUGAAUUUUUUUUAGAAUAAAUAAAUUCUUAUU